UAUUGCACAUGAACUUAUAAGGUCAUACUGGCCCAUAAUUGAAGUUACUGGGCUUUUGUUCAAGAAAAGUGCAAAGGUUCCUAUAUGAGCCCAACCCAAUAUGGCCCAUUGUUUGCUAGCACUAAAAAAAGCAUAUGCAUGGCAAUUGAAGAUCUUCUCGAUUGCGAUUGACAAGUACUUCUUCAAAUUCACCAGCUCAUUUCUGUUCUCUUCUUGAUCUGCUUGUACCUAUCUUUUAGCCUCACUCUGCCAGAUUUUUCUUGUGAACUGUAACGUCUACUCUUUUAUAAAUCAAUCUAUAAAAUCCACCGCUAUCCGCUGAGCAUACUCAGACAACCCGAGCUUUCCAUUUCUUCAAGCUUUCUUGGUCCCAACAAUGGUUUGUUCAUCGUCCCUACAUUUUCUCUUAAUCUUUCUUGCCUGUUCCUUGUUCUUCUCCGUGUCUGAAUCUCAAACCCGUUUUAGGCCAAGUAAUCUUGUGUUGCCAGUUCGUAAAGAUGGUGCAACCAAUCUUCACGUGGCUACUUUUAGCAGAAGAACUCCUCGAAAUCCACUUCAAUUACUUAUUGAUGUAAAUGGAUGAUUCUUGUGGCAUACUUGUGAAGCAAACUACGUGUCGUCCACUUUGCAAGCCCCACGGUGCUUUUCUGCUCAAUGCUUCAGAGCAAAUAGUCGUGUCUGUUACUCAUGCUCUGGACCCGGGUGCCAUAGAAACGCAUGUGGGAUCGCGUUAACGAACCCUGUCUCUCACCAAACUGCCAUGGGUGCGUUAGCUCAAGAUUUGUUCUCGUUUCAAUCUAUUACAGGGUCCAACUGCGGUCCAACUGUUACAGUACCUCAAUUCCUUUUUGGUUGUGCAACUUCUAAUACGCUAUUAAGAGGGUUACCAAGCAAUGUUCGAGGUGUAGCUGGACUAGGUCAUGCUCCUAUUUCCUUACCAACACAAAUUUUCUCACAUUUUGGAAUAAGACAAAACUUUGCCUUGUGCCUGAGUUCCACUCCUGCACAAUCUGGAGCCAUUCUCUUCGGUGAAGGUCUUUUCAAUGCACGCCAGGGGCCUGAUGUUUUCCGGCAGAUGCGUUAUACACCACUAUCCAUUACCAGACAAGGGGAGUACUUCGUCCAAGUGACACAAAUCUUGGUAGAGCAGAAAGCUGCUCCACUAGAUACAUCGUUGUUAAGAAGAUCUCAGAGCGGUUUUGGUGGAACAAUGAUAAGCACAACUACUCCUUAUACUGUCCUUGAACACUCUAUUUAUCAAGCUUUCACUAGACUUUUCACCAGUCAACUUUCAGUGAAACAGCAAGUACGACCUGUAGCACCUUUCAGCGUUUGCUAUAACUCAAGAAAUUUUUCAUAUCCUCAUCCUAUCGGCCCUGCAGUUCCUAGGAUUGAUCUUGUUUUUGGUAAUCGAAACCUCGUAUGGUCCUUUUUUGGCGCAAAUUCAAUGGUGCAGCCAUGUCCAGGUGUGAUUUGUUUAGCAUUUGUUGAUGGAGGUUCGCGUCCUCCAGCUUCAAUUGUUAUAGGGGCUCACCAGUUGCAAGAGCAAAUUAUUCAGUUUGAUUUGGCUAGGUCAAUGCUGGGUUUUAGCCCUUCCUUGUCCUUUAGUAAUACUAACUGUGCCAACUUCAACUCCAACUUCACCCGUACUCCAUAGAGAAAGAAUAUGGGAAUUGGCAAAGGAAGGGUAUGGUUGUAUGCUUCCUAUAACGAAAUGUGUAUCUUGCUUCUAUUAUGUGAACGAAUAAAACUACAAGGGUAUCUUUUCUUGA